AUUCCUGUACCGAGCGACGAUAUGGGAGCGGGCGCGGCUUACACCGUCCGGACCGUGUCCCGGCGCAUGGUCCGGCCGACGUACGGUGCCAUGCCUUUGCCGUCGUCGGAGGACAUUCAGCUGACACCGUGGGACCUCUACUGCCUCAGUAUUAAGUACAUCCAAAAGGGGAUACUCCUGCCCAGGCCUCCAGCCGGCGGUGAGGCCAACCUAGUCGACACCCUCGCGUCCUCCUUCUCUCGCGCCCUGGGCCGCUACUACCACUUCGCUGGCCGGCUCGCCGUCGAGGAGCACGGCGACGGCACGGUCACCAUCCCUCUGCGCCCCACUGGGGAAGGCGCCGAGCUAGUCCACGCGGUGGCGCCCGGCGUGGCCGUGGCGGACAUCGUCGGCUCGGUGGUCCAGGAAUUUUUGCCCUUGAACGGGGUGUGUAACGCGGACGCGGCCAUCGAUCCGUCGCUCCCCGUGCUGUGUGCGCAGGUCACCGAGCUCGACGACGGCCUCUUCAUCGGCAUGUCGAUGAACCACACUGUCGGCGACGGGGCGGGCUUCUGGGACUUUCUCAACGCAUGGUCGGCGAUUCACCGUGGCGACGAGGAACACAUGCGUGCCCCGGCGCCGGUGCACCGGAGGUGGUUCGUCGACACGAGCCCCGUGCCGAUCCCCGUGCCCUUCAGCACGCUGAAGCACGCUGUCCGGCGGCUCGAGGCCCCGCCGGAGCGACUGGCACAUGGCUUCUUCACCUUCUCCGCCGCUAGCGUGAAGAAGCUCAAAGCGAGAGCGAACGAUGAGAUGCUCAAGGCAGGGGAAGCAGCCACGAUCUCCUCGCUCCAGGCCCUGGUCGCGCACCUGUGGCGUGCAGUCUCCGGGGCCCGAGGCCUCCCGCCUGGGCAGGCGACGUCCUGCUCCCUGCUCACUGGAUGCCGGGGCCGCAUGCGCGUCAUCCCGGCGGGCUACGUGGGAAACGCCAUCACGCUCAGCAUGACACCGAGCUGCACCGUCGGCGAGACCCUAGACAAGGGGCUGGGCUGGACGGCGUGGCAGCUCAACCGUGCCGUGGGGUCGUUCGACGAGGUAAAGGUGCGGGAAUGGCUGGAUCGCUGGGCCCGGGAGCCCUGCUUCUCUUCCCCGGCAUCUUCGUCCCGCAGCCGGUGUGCACUGUUGAUCACGAGCUCGCCGCGGUUCGACGUGUACGGCAACGACUUCGGGUGGGGAAAGCCGGUAGGCCUGUGUUCCGGCCCCGCGGACAAGACGGACGGCAAAGUGUCGGUGUUCGAGGGGCCGGAGCGGGAAGGGAGCAUGUCACUGGAGGUGUCCUUGUUGCCCGAAGCCAUGGAGAGGCUCGUCGCCGACCACGAGUUCAUGGAAGCUGUGGCCAUACCGCGGCCGUGAUCAGAUUUGGUUCUAGUGAUGGCGUUU